UUGCGGAAGGUUCUGGAAGAUAGCGGAGGUGCCGCCAUUUUGCGGGAAGAGGAGCAGGUCUGACUGCUGUGCUUUUUUUAGCGGAGACCGUAGGAUAUAGCUGAGCUUCGCGCCCCACACACACCUAAAGGAACGGAGAGAACCGGGACCCCCCUGCGGGGACCCGGAACUGUUGUUUAUUCCGCCUCAGUGAUUUAAUCCAGGAAAUGGUGCUUCCAUCAGUCCAGUGACUCCAGGAUUUGGUGUAUUCUUCCUGAAUAGUGGUUCUUCUUUGCCCCUUCAACAGUGGUGUUUACAAAGUUCAAGCACAGCAGUGGUUGUAAGCUUCUGAUGUAGUUUUUUGAUCAGAGAUGGAAACAUACACUGGUGUGUAUAUAUGGAUGGGAUUGAGUGCACCUUGACCCAUAAACUGGGAUAUAGAAUUGGAAAACUACCAAACUAAAAAUGUAUAUUUGGCACCUUGUUGCUUUUAGGACAUCUAAAAAGACACAACCCAGAGAGACUGCCAGUUUCACAUUAACAUGUUCUACAGUCAUACAUUGCCUAACAAUGAGAUCUGACACGAUGGCAUCUGAUGACUUUGAUAUAGUGAUUGAGGCCAUGCUGGAAGCUCCCUAUAAAAAAGAGGAGGAUGAGCAGCAAAGGAAAGAGGUUAAAAAGGACAGUCCUAGCAAUACCACCAGCAACACCGGCAACAGUGGCAGUGGUACCAGUGUGAGCACCACCACUGGGGAGACAAGCAAGAAGAAGAGGAGUCGGAGUCAUAGUAGAAGCAGGGAUAGAAAGCGCAGUCGUAGCCGAGAACGGGAUCGGCAUAGACGGAGAAAUAGUUGCAGCCGAAGUCGAGAUCGGCAGCGUCAUCACCGCAGCCGCAGCCGUAGCUGGGAUCGGCGACAUAAUAGUGAGUCGCGAAGUCGAGACCGGCGACGUGAAGAUCGUGUGCGCUAUAGGAGUCCUCCACUUCCCACUGGACGUAGGUAUGGACAUAGUAAGAGCCCUCAUUUCAAAGAGAAGAGCCCGGUCAGGCAGCCAAUUGAUAAUCUGAGCCCUGAGGAGCGUGAUGCCCGCACAGUUUUCUGUAUGCAAUUAGCUGCCCGUAUCCGGCCUCGAGACCUGGAGGACUUUUUUUCUGCUGUUGGCAAGGUUCGUGAUGUGCGUAUCAUCUCAGAUCGGAACUCACGUCGUUCUAAAGGCAUUGCGUAUGUGGAAUUCUGUGAAAUGCAGUCUGUGCCACUGGCCAUUGGGCUGACUGGGCAACGACUUCUGGGAGUACCUAUCAUUGUACAGGCCUCACAGGCUGAGAAAAACCGAUUGGCAGCCAUGGCCAACAAUCUGCAGAAGGGUACUGGUGGACCAAUGCGCCUCUAUGUGGGCUCCCUGCACUUUAAUAUCACUGAGGACAUGCUCCGGGGCAUCUUUGAGCCUUUUGGCAAGAUUGACAAUAUUAUCCUGAUGAAAGACUCAGAUACAGGCCGUUCUAAAGGUUAUGGUUUUAUUACGUUCUCUGACUCUGAGUGUGCCCGGCGGGCCCUGGAACAGUUGAAUGGUUUUGAACUUGCUGGUCGACCUAUGAGGGUUGGCCAAGUGACUGAGCGGCUGGAUGGUGGCACAGACAUCACUUUUCCUGAUGGGGAUCAAGAGCUGGAUCUGGGAUCAGCAGGUGGACGUUUGCAGCUUGUGGCCAAACUGGCAGAAGGCUCUAGAAUCCAGCUGCCAACCACAGCUGCUGCUGCCCAAGCUGCUGCCUUACAACUGAAUGGAGCAGUUCCUUUGGGGGCCCUGAACCCAGCAGCUCUGACUGCUCUGAGUCCAGCUUUGAACCUUGCCUCCCAGGCAAUUGCAUCCCAGUGCUUCCAGCUUUCCAGCCUCUUUACCCCCCAAACCAUGUAAAUCAGUGGCACAGCGCACUACCUCUCUGUACCCUCUGGGUCCUGCCACUCUCUUCUCCUUCUACUGCCCUGUCUUCCAUUUGUGGACCAAGCCAUCCUGAGGGCAUGGACAUUGAUUCCGGAGGAACUUGGGGCCACUCUUAAGACAACAAGAAGAGCUCCUGCCCAUGCCCCACUGGGAAUGGACUUUGCUGAGCAAAGCCCCCAGUUGAAGAGAACAAUCUACACCUGCAUUGAA